AUUAAAUGACGCAUAAAAGACGUGGCAAGAGACCUUUAUCAAAAAGAAACAGCUCGAGUCAAAAUAAAGAUCAGUUUAUGGACCUUGCUCAAGCAGCAUUAGAGGAAGCUGAUCAAGAAGAAGAAAAGAGAGGAGUGAUUGGUGAAGUAGUAGAGGCACUCAUUGUCAAUACAGGCGCACCACUUGUAGCAGAAGUCAUUUCAGAGCAACUAAGAAGUCAAGAUAUUAUAGAAAGAGCAGCAGAGAUGCACGAGGAAAGAAAGAGACUGAGCCCAAGCCCGAGUCUAACAGAGAUCGAAUCCUUGAAGGAGCCUAUAAGUGAUGAAGAAAAAGAAGAUACAGUAAAGAAACGAGAUACUAUAGAUCGACCCAUGAUGAUUACAGAAUACUCUUGGCGUUUAUUUAGAUUACUCUUGUUAGCAAGCAUUGUUGGAUUAACAUGCCAUUUUAUCAAUAUUCAUAGAUACCCUUUCUUUAUGUAACAAAGAAGCAUUUAUUUAUUUAGUAAUAAA